AUGAAUUUUCAAUUUAUCGUUAUGCUUCUCCUGGUGGUGAGUAUUUGCAACAUCAAGUGCACAAAUUGGUGUAAUGUGAACUCGUUGUCAGACCAGCAAUACUCAGUGGUUGAAUCAGCGUUGGAACGUAUUUUACACAAACGAGGAGUUGUGCGUAAUUCGCAGCGAUCAGGCCAUGGUUUGACCAUAUGGGCUAGAGCGUCCUGUCCUGCUGAUUGGAAACAGUGUCAGAGCUGCAUCCAACGCAUCGUGGAUCAAGUAAAAUCUGGCUGUCCAAGAAAAGAAGGAGCGCAAAUGGAAUUGGCUAAUCAAUGCAAAAUUCGAUACGAACGGUAUACAUUUUAA